AUGAUUGUUGCAGCCCAACAAGCAGGUCAAGGCGUAGCCAUACCAUCACUGUAUGAAAUAAAGCAUAAGUACUUAGAUAUGAAACACACAGACAUGCAAGCCUAUGUGGAAAAGGUAAAGGAAGAUUGGGGUGUGUAUGGAUGCACCAUCAUGAGUGAUGGAUGGACUGGCCCCACGAGGUUGUCCAUAAUAAAUUUCAUGGAUGUCAUAAAAGAGGUUGGGCCGUCGAAUGUUGUUCAUAUUGUCACCAACAAUGGUUCAGCCUUUGUUAAGGCUGGAGAGAUGAUGAUGGAGCAGUACCCUAUUUAUUGGACUCCUUGUGCUGCACAUUGCAUUGAUCUAAUAUUUGAAGAUAUUGGGAAGCAAGGGUCAGUGGCUAAUGUCAUAAAUAAGGCUAGGAAAUUAACCAAUUACAUUUACAAUCAUGGUUGGCUAUUGGCUCAGAUGAGGAUCUUCUGUCAAGGAGAUUUGGUCCGACCCAAUGCAACUCAAUUUGCGACAAACUACAUCACCAUCAAUAGCAUCUUAAAUAAGAAAGCUGGGUUGAGGCACUUUUUACAAGUGAGGAAUGGGAAAAAAUUGCUUCUCAAAAUCAUCAAUCACAGAUGGGAUGUCACAUUAUCUCGUCCAUUACAUCAAGCUGCCCACUACUUGAACCCUAGAUAUCAAUAUGAAACAGGGGUUGGCCACCAUAAAGAGUUACUUUCAGGACUCCAACACGUGAUAAAUUUUAGAUACUAUAGAAAGACACUUCGCACUGAGAUGACCGUCAAAUCAAGAAAAUCGAUCCCCCCAGCAGAAUGGUGGAAUCUUCAUGGUGAUUCUGCCCAGAACUUGCAAAAAAUUGCUAUGCGUAUAUUGUCACAGACAGCAUCAUCAUCGGCAUGUGAGCGAAAUUAG